AUUUAAAACAACAAAAAAAAUUAGAAAGAUGCUAAUAAUUGAAAAUUCAACAUAUCUUAAUUUUAUUGAUCAAAAAUUUGCUACAAUAAGUCAAGAAAAUUUUUAUUAUGAUACCAGAAAUAUCAGAAUAAUUAUAAAAAAUUAGGCUUAAACAUAGAUUCUUCCUCAUGAUUUUGGAGUGGGGUUAGUUAGCCAGUGUUAAAAUUUAGAAGAGUUAUCUAUUUAAAUCAACGAAAACUAAGAGAAAUAAGCCUAAUUUUUUAUGGAAGAAUUCUCAAAUAUGUGCUAACACUUAUCCAGCUUGAAGGUUUUAAAAAUGUUUAUUGGGAAAAAUAAUAAAAUUAAUAGCAGUCAGAUAUGUGAAUCUAUAUGCAAUUACUUUUAGUAUUUAAAAUCGCUUUAAUGUCUCGAGUUAGUUGUAAUGGAUUCUUUAAAUAAAUAAAACUGUUUUCAUCUGUUUAAAAAUUUUAAAAAUUUUUAAAGUUUAUAAAGAUUAACUUUAAAAUUUAUAGAAUAAUCUGAAAUUAUGCAAGGAAUAGCAUAUAUGGGUGAAGCUUUAAAAUAUUUAACUGAGCUCAAACAGCUUCAAAUUCAUAUAGGGAAAAAAAAUUGUAUCAAUGCUUCUGGCAUAAAGCACUUGCAAGAAGGUAUUUCUCAUAUGGAAAAACUAAAUGAGCUAGAAUUAAUUAUAGAUGAUAAUGAUAUUAGAUAGGAUGGAGCAAUUUAUCUUAGCUAAAGUUUGGGUAAGCUAAUCAAUUUAGUUACUCUAAAAUUAUGCAUUGGGUCUUCUAAUAAAAUAGAAUCAUAAGGAGCUAUCAGCCUUGGUUAAGCGAUAAGAAAUCUAUCAAAUUUAAAAUCCUUAACAAUUUAAAUUAAAGAUAGAAAUUACAUUAACUAAGAUGGAGCAUAAGGCAUUUCAGAAGGAAUAGGAAGACUUCACUUACUAGAAAAUUUAGAAAUUUCAAUUAGUGUUGCUAAUAAUAUUUUAACACAAGGAGCUAUUUCAAUUGGAGACUCUUUUAAAAGCUUAAGAAAUCUUAAAAGAGUAUAAAUUGCUAUCAAUUCUAAUUUGAUUGGUUAAGAAGGUUUAGAAGGUAUAAUCUAAGGUUUUAGAUAUUUGCCUAACCUAUAGGAUUUAUCACUUAUAUUACAUUACAAUCACAUUUCUAAAGCAAAUAUUGGAUAGUCCUUUUAAAAUUUACAGUAGAACCUUAAAUUCUUAAAGCUCUUUAUUUAUUAAAAUAAUAUUAAAUAAGAAGGAGCUACAAAAUUAGGAGAAGGUUUAAAAAAUUUAGUAAAUUUAGAAUGCUUAGAGCUUAUGAUAAGUACUUCAAAUAAUAUUGAUUCGAUAGGAGCAUCUAAAAUAGGUGAAGCAAUUUAAGCUUUAACAAAACUGAAAAAGUUAUCUCUUUAAAUAGGGAUAGGUAAUAAUAUAGGUAUAGAAGGAUCUAUUGCUAUAGGGAAGGCACUUAAGUAACUAUAUAGCCUAUAAGAAUUAAAACUUCACAUAGAAGUAGAUAAUAAUAUUGGAAAAGAGGGUGCUUAAGGGUUAUCUCAAGGAUUGGCAAAUUUAUAAAACUUAUAAAUUCUUGAUUUGCAAAUUAGAGAGAAUAAUAAUAUAGAAAAGGAAGGAUCAUCUGAAAUAGGUUUAAGUCUAAGUUAACUUUUAAAUAUCAAUAAAAUGUAGCUAGAUUUAUCUUUAGAAGACCUUUACAAUAUUAGUCUAUGUUUUAAUAAUUUAUAAAGUUUAUUAUAAUUAACGAUAAUACCCGACUUAGGUUUGAAUAAAAAUAAAAUUCAAGACUCUGUCCCAUUCAUUACUAAUUAAAUAGCAAAAGCUAAAAGUUUAAAAUAUCUUACCUUUAAAAAUUCUAAGCUCUUCCUUCCUAAGAUACAAAAAAAAAUUCUCAAGUUAGUUACUUUGAAUUGAAAUAAAAAUUUAUGAGCAAAGUGAAUAAAAAUUUUUAUCUAUCAGCAAUUAGGAAGGUCAAUAGCAAAUUUUUACAUAAAAUCAAAUAAAUUCUAAUAAAAAUUUAAUAUUAAAAUCAUCUGAAAAAUAUGUAGCAUGCAUAGACUUUUAGUUAUCAUAUUUUAUUUUUUGUUAAAUAUUAAAUUGUAUGACUGAAAAUUAUAUAAUAAAACUAUUUGUAGUGUGAAAAAUAGAAAUUUAGAAAUAAUUUAUGAGUAAAGGUAAAAAAGAAUAAAAAACUAAUUUUUGCCGAUUUUCUACCAGCAAAUUAAUAAAUUCUUGAAAAAAAAGCAUUGAGAUAUUUAUUUUGCUAACCUAGAUUAAAAAACCCUAUCAUUAUUAUUCUC